AUGGCUGACCACGGUGCCAACUAUGGCGACAGCCAAUCCGGCCUUCCUGUGGCCAAUGCCACCAAGAAUGAGGUCAAGAAGCCCAAGAAAAAGAAGGUCCUCUUGAUGGGCAAGAGUGGCUCAGGGAAAUCCAGCAUGCGCAGCAUCAUCUUCAGCAACUAUAUCGCACGCGACACACGCAGGCUAGGCGCCACCAUUGACAUUGAUCUCUCGCACGUCAAGUUCCUUGGAAACCUAACCCUCAACCUGUGGGACUGCGGCGGCCAAGAGGCCUUUAUGGAAAACUAUCUUUCGCAGCAGCGCGUCCACGUCUUCUCCAACGUCGGCGUCCUCAUCUACGUUUUCGACAUUGAGUCUCGCGACGUCGACCGCGACCUCGCCACCUACGUGUCCAUCCUCUCCGCCCUCCUCCAGUUCUCUCCGCAAGCCCGCAUCUACGUCCUCAUCCACAAGAUGGACCUCGUCGUCCCCGCCCACCGCGAGUCCGUCUACGACGAGCGCGUCCGCAUCGUGCGCCAGAAGACGGCCGAAUACGCCCAUAGCAUAGGCUUCUCCGCCGCCGCGGCCGACGACGCCUCCCCGACCGACACGAGCCCCCUCGCCAGCGCCGCCGCGACGCCCGAUAUCACCCCCUUUGCGACCUCCAUCUGGGACCAGUCCCUCUACAAGGCCUGGGCCUCCAUCAUCCACGACCUCGUCCCCAACCUUGCGACCAUUGAGCGCAACCUCGCCAACCUCGGCACCGCCAUCGAGGCCGAAGAGCUGCUCCUCUUCGAGCGCACCUCCUUCCUCGCCGUCUCCUCCUGGACCUCCCCGGAGGGCCUGCGCAACCCGACCGAGGACCGCCUCGAGCGCAUGUCCAACAUUAUGAAGCACUUCAAGCAGAGCAUCAGCCGCUUCACCGGCACGCCGCGCAACGCUGAGCAGUUCGUCCGCAUGGAACACAAGGCUGGCCUGCGCUUCAAUCUGUUCAUCCUCAAGUUCACGACCAACACGUACCUCAUGGUCGUGCUGCCGCCGGGCGAGGCCCGCUUCAACGCCGCCAUGCUGAACUGCCAGAUUGCCAUUGAGCACUUCAAGUUCCUCGACGGGCCGGCGACGCUGGCAGCGCAGGGCGUGGCUUCCUAG